UAUUCAUUAUGCUUGAGAGUCAGUCCGGCGGCAAAUUGGGGGGGAAAAGACAAAAGGCGAAACAUUUUUCUUCGACCUAACGUCGGUGUGAAUCUCCGCCUCAAAGACGGAAUGACCGCUAAAAUAGCCGAGGAGGUCUCUGCGUCUCUCAGCACCGCCGUGGACGGUGUCCCUAAAGACGUGUACGCGGCGGAGGUGGGGCCGAUUGUUUUCAAAGAAGAGGCUGUAGGCGAGGAGGAACAAGAGGGGCGACCUGGUGAGAAUGACGGCGGUCACCUUCUGUUCGACGACAAGAGCGCACCUGAGCCGCCGCUGCGGGGCGACUUGGCGCAGUACGUGGCAACUUUACGCACGCACCCCGUGGCGUUUAGCGGCAGGUUCUCGGUGGACUCCAGAGGUGCGGGAGGACCGUGGACGUCGGGGGACGUCAUCAACGUGGUCAGCGCUGACAUCGCCGCCCCGGGCCCCGUCACGGUGUCUGGGUCGCCGCCAGCAGCUCCCGACAUUUACGCAGGAGGAGGAGCCGCGGCUGACGCGGGGGACGGUGCCAUGGCUCACGGCCAGCCGGACAUCAGCCACAUGUACGCGGCCCCUCACCCUCACCCCCACCCCCACCCCCACCCGGCCCCCUCCUACUCCUGCAGCGGGGACAUGUACCAAGACCAGUCGGCAGGGGGUUACCUGGCGACGUCCACCUGCGCCGUGUCCUACCACCCGCCUCCGUCCUACAACUCUGCGCCCAAACCGACCGUUGACGGCGCCGCGCUGCUCUCCAUCAUGCCAGAGUACGGAGGCUUCUACCAGCAGAGCUGCCAGAGAGACAUCCAGGCGGCGUUCCCGGAGAGGAAAUCCCUCCCGUAUCCCCUGGACUCCCUCCGGGUGCCUCCGCCUCUCACGCCCCUCAACACCAUCAGGAACUUUACGCUCGCUGCGCCCUCGCCGGCCUCCGAAGGUCCGGUGGCCGCGGCCUUCCCCGGCCACCAGAACCUCCCUCUCAGGCCGAUCUUGAGACCCAGGAAGUACCCGAGCCGGCCGAGCAAGACGCCCGUCCACCAGCGGCCGUACCCGUGCCCAGCGGAGAGCUGCGACCGUAGGUUCUCCCGGUCGGACGAGCUGAGCCGGCACCUGCGCAUCCACACGGGCCACAAACCCUUCCAGUGCCGCAUCUGCAUGAGGAACUUCAGCCGCAGCGACCACCUCACCACCCACAUCCGCACGCACACCGGCGAGAAACCCUUCUCCUGCGACCAGUGCGGGAGGAAGUUCGCCCGCAGUGACGAGAGGAGGAGGCACAUGAAGAUUCACCUUCGGCAGAAGGAGAAAAAGUCCUCCGCGACCUAGUCCGCGCCGCGCGGGGCCCGGUG